AUGACUAAUGAGUCCAUUGAAAGUCAGUCUGUAAAGCAGCUGCUGAAGGAUUGUGAAGGAAGACAGUACAGAAUGAGUGAAAAAAGCCAAAGAUCACUAAUGAAGCAGGUUAAGAACAUUGUGCAUCAAACUAAAGAGAAUACAAGACCUUUAAACCUGGUUCUGUGUGGGAGGAGAGGAGCAGAGAAGACGUCAGCAGCCAAGGCCAUUUUAGGUCAGACAGAGCUUCAUUCAGUCUCCAACUCAUCAGAGUAUGUUAAAUAUCAGGGAAAGGUGUGUGGACAUUGGGUUUCCCUGGUGGAGCUGCCUGCCUUGUAUGGAAAACCUCAGGAGGCAGUGAUGGAGGAAUCACUCAAGUGUAUCUCCCUCUGUGAUCCUGAGGGUGUCCAUGCCUUCAUCCUGGUCCUACCUGUGGCUCCCCUCACUGAUGAAGACAAGGGAGAGUUAGAGACCAUCCAGGACGCAUUCAGCUCUCGAGCUAAUGACUUCACCAUGAUUCUGUUCACUGUGGACUCAGAUCCUACAGAUCCAGUUGUUGGUAACUUUCUAAAGGAUAAUGAAGACAUCCAAGAGCUCUAUAAUGAUAAGCAGAGCCCAGAGCCUCUCAGGAUUGUGCUGAUAGGAAAGACUGGCUGUGGAAAGAGUUCUUCAGGAAACACCAUUCUAGGAAGGAAAGAAUUCAAAGCUGAAAUUUUACAAACAUCAGUCACUAAAAUAUGUCAGAAAGCACAGGGUGAGGUGGACGGUCAUCCUGUCAUUGUGGUCGACACUCCUGGUCUGUUUGACACAACUCUGUCACAUGAAGAAGUUCAUGAGGAGAUGGUGAAAUGUGUCAGUCUUCUGGCUCCAGGACCACAUGUCUUCCUUUUGGUGAUGCAGGUUGGCAGAUUCACAGAAGAGGAGAAGGAGACACUGAAACUCAUCAAGAAAUUCUUUGGGAUAAAUUCUCAAAACUUCACCAUUGUGCUUUUCACAAAAGGAGAUACACUAGAGCACGAUUCAAAGUCUGCGGAGGAAUUCAUUAAAAUGGGACAAGAUGAUUCUUUAGAGAAGGUGGUGUCUGACUGUGGAGGAAGAUAUCAUGUGUUUAAUAACUAUGCCGAACAAAACCACAAACAGGUCAGUGAACUGAUAACAAAGAUUCAGGAAAUGCUGGAGAAAAAUGGUGGUGAGUGCUACACCAACGAGAUGCUCCGAGAGGCUGAGGCAGCGAUACAGAAAGAAGUGGAAAGGAUCCUGAAAACCAAGGAAGAAGAGAUGCAAAGAGAAUCUGCAGAACUUGCAAGACAACAUGAGGAAGAAUUAAAAGAGAUGGAAAGAAAAAUGAAAGAACAGAGGAAAGAAAAAGAGCCAGAGAGAGAACAAAGUGUAAAACAGAUUAAACAAAUGAGGGAAAAACUUAACAACGAGCGUGAGAGGAAGAUGAAAGAACAAGAAAAGAGGGAAGAAGAAGAUGCAAACAAGAAGAAACAGGAAGAACUACAGGAGCAGGAGUGGGGAAAAGAGCUUAAUGCUUUGCAAGAAAGCAUUAAUUCUACAUCAGAUGAGGAAAAGAGAAUCAAACUAGAGCAGCGUAAGAACAAGAUGGCAGAGGAACAUCAGGAGAAGAAACGGGAACAAAAAGAAUUUUGGGUAAAACGUAAAAAAUCAAAAGUACUCAAACAAAAGCAAGAUGAAGCAAAACUCAAAAAGCUCCAAAUGGAUUUUGAGCAGGAGAAAGAAAAGUAUGAAAAUGAAAUGAAAAAAGAAGAUCAAAGCAAAAAAGAGGAAGAAGACAAGGAAAGAAAAGAGUUGAAGGAAAAAUACGAGCAGAAAAUCCUUGACAUGAAGAAAAGAUAUGAAGAUGAUGCAAGAAAGCAAGCUGAAGAAAGCAAUGAAUUCAGAAUGAAAUACAGUAUGAACUUUGCAGGCCUGAUGGAAGAACAUAAGGAGGAGAAGGAGGCAAUGAAGAAGCAGCAUGAGAGAGAAAUGCAGGAGAGAGAGGAAGAAAAUCAAAAAAGGUACAAACAGUUAGACGAUCUCACAAAGUCCAAAGAAGUGAGGCUAAAAGAAAAACUCAGACAAAAAGAAAAGCAGCUGAA